AUGUGGGGUCUACGAUGGAUCAUAUUUCUGGUAAGCUUGUACAUCCUCGUAAAUUGCAUAGUACCUCUCAUUGAGCGGGAGAUAGCUUCACGGUGUUUUACUUGGAUCUUAUCGGUCCUCUUGGCCUAUGCCGUCUCGAGCCGUUUCAGCACGGGCGGGAGAAUCGACACCGUCCGGGGCAAGGCGGUACUCGUGACGGGUUGCGACACGGGGAUCGGAAACGCUCUGGCCAGGCACCUCGAUCGGCUGGGGUUCCGGGUGUUUGCCGGCUGCCUGUUUGCGGAUAGGGGUGAGGCAAGUAGGCUUGCUGAGGAAAGUUCUGAUAGGCUGAAGGUGGUUCAGUUGGAUGUGACCAGUGACCAGCAGGUCUCUGACGCAGUGGCGUCUAUUGGAGGGACUCUAUCAUCAACUGGAGAUGUCUUGUGGGGUGUUGUGAACAACGCUGGAACAGCCUGCUUUGGUUUCAUGGAGUGGGUACCCCUCAAGAGGUACAAACAACUGGCCGAGGUGAACCUAUGGGGGAUGAUACGCGUUACCAAGGCAGCAUUGCCUCUCAUCAGAAAAUCUAAAGGCCGUGUGGUGAACAUGAGUAGUAUGCUAGGCCGUUACAGCCCGCCCUCCAGUUCGGCAUACAGUAUCACCAAGUAUGGCGUCCAAGCUCUCACCGAUUGUCUACGCGGGGAAUUGUACACGUUUGGUAUCAACGCUGUCAUCAUUGAGCCCGGGAACUUCUCGGGUUCUUCAGCCAUGUUUACGAAACAGUUCAUGCUAAAUGAUCAAGAUAAAUUAUGGCGUGAGACACCUGGAUACGUCAAAGAAGCCUAUGGUGAGGAAUUCUUCACUGGCGCCAAAACUAGUAUCGUCUCUUUAAGUCAAGGGUCGUCAACCUCGAGCCUUGACCCUGUAAUGGAUGCCUUCGAGCACGCCCUCACCGACAAGAAUCCACGUGCAAGAUAUUUCCCGGGCAAUUUGAUUUCCAAGUUGUCCGUGUGGUACAAUUGUUAUCUGCCCUCUUCCGUCUCCGACUUGGCCUAUAAAAUGUAUUUUAUAUAUUUAGGACGUACAAUAAAAGGAAAGCAAUGUUAGAUGACAGUGAUGUCAUAAGAGCAUUGCCUGUGGGACAGUGCCACUUUUGUCACUCAUGCUAUAGUUCUUCAAACCUAUGUUGUGAAACAUAUACUUUGAAUUUUGUAAUGACUUCUUUUUUAUUGGUACAACCUUUUACUUUUUGAUACUGUGAAAAACCUUAACUUCAAUGUCGUAAAAGAAAAAGCAAUUCUUACAACUAUUGCUAUUUCCAAAUGCUGAAAGCAGUGUGUUCCCAGAGACGAGCCAUGUUGCUUGGGUGGCAAAUUUAAAAACAUGAUUUGCAAGACAAUAACGAUUACCAAAAUAGUCAAAUAAAUUGAUUUGCAUGUCAGUUUACUUCACAUUCUGUACAAACUUUUUUUUAAUUGAUAUGUUAUUUUGAUAUUCUUAGAAAAUUUUCCGUAUUAAAAAUAUAUAUUGUUGGUGCAUCAGCUGAAAGUUACAUUUAUCAACAUGAAUAACAUGACACGAUCAUAUCAUAUAAAUACAAAUUUAUGCAUUUUAACAGAACAUCACUGGCUAAAAUCUGGGUUUUCCAUUUCACCAUGUGAUUAUAUUUGCAACAAUAAACUCAUAAGUAGGCAUCCAUUAUUAAUGUUGUAUGUUAGGCCUAUGGGUGCUGAGAAAACAUUGAAUAAUAGGCCUAACACCGAAAUAAUUUUAUAGUGUUUUAAAAUGUUAUAUUCUUUAAUUUAUCAAAUAAUUACAGCUCAAGCAAAAACACCUAUACUAAUACUACAUGUAUUAUGCCUUGAACACCCAGCAGGGUGGAUAUGUGCGCAUUACAAGUCUAUAAUUAAAAAAUUAUUAUCUAUAAUAUAUAUAUCUAUUUUUUUAAAUUAUGCUUCAGCUAACAUUUUGCUAUCUUUCAAAUAAAAAAAUACUCAUUUGCAGA